AUGCCAGCAGCCAACCUGUCAGGAUCCCACCCCAUGUUCUUCAUCUUGGUGGGGAUACCUGGGAUGGAGAAGUCUCACACCUGGAUCUCCAUCCCUGUCUGCAUGAUGUACUCUGCUGCCCUUCUCGGGAACGUGGUCCUGCUGGUCACCAUCAUGAAGGACCACAGCCUCCAUGAGCCCAUGUGCAUCUUCCUGUGCAUGCUGGCAGUGUGCGACCUGCUGUUGUCCACUGCCACUGUGCCCAAGACCCUCAGCGUUCUCUGGUCUGUCUCCACCAAAAUCUCUUUCAGUGGCUGCCUGGUGCAGAAGUUCUCCAUCUAUUUUGUUUUUGUGGCGGAGUCAGCCAUUUUACUGGCAAUGGCCUUCGAUCGGUACAUCGCCAUUUGUGACCCCCUGCAAUACCCAGCCAUCCUGACAUGGUCCGUCAUGGGGAAAGUUGGCAUAGUGGCUUUAAUCAGGAGUUUCUGCAUCAUGUUCCCACCCAUCUUCCUCCUCAAGCGGCUGCCCUACUGCGGGCACAACGUCAUGCCCCACACCUACUGCGAGCACAUCGGCAUGGCCCGCCUGGCGUGCGCCGACAUCUCCAUCAACAUCUGGUAUGGGGUAGCUUCUGGCUUCCUUUCAGCCGGCUUGGAUGCCAUCUCCAUCACCAUCUCCUACGUGCUGAUCUUCAGGUGCCUCUGGGGGCUGCUGUCCUGGCGCGCCUCCCCCAAGGCUCUGCACACCUGCGGCUCCCAUGUUUUACACGCCAUGUUCAUCGCCAUGUUUUACACGCCAGCCUUCUUCUCCUUUCUAGCACACUGGUUUGGCCAGCAUGUUCCUCAGCAUGUCCUUGCCUCCUUCGCCAACCUCUACGUCGUGGUGCCGCCCAUGCUCAACCCCAUCAUCUACGGGGUGAGAACAAGGCAGAUCCGGGAGCGUCUGCUCCUAUCAUGGGGGCCAAUCUCUGUGUGCUUCACCCCCCCGUGUUAA